CGAUACCCCGUAAGGCAUUUCAUUCCAGGCGAACUACAGUUCAGUGCGUAGCCUGCUGUCAAAACAAAUUUUCCUGCCCACAGUUUAAUGAAAGACCACAUUUGGACAGUUCUAGAAAGUAUUGUUCGGAGUGAAAAGCAGAAUCAUGUCGUCAGAUUGGGAUACAGUAACAGUGCUACGUAAGCGAGCUCCUAAGGCGGCAGCUUUGAAGAGCGAAGGUGCAAUCAAUGCGGCGCGCCGGCAGGGAAUUCCAGUUGCGACCGAGCAGAAAUUUGGCGCUGGUACAAACAAACAACACGUUGCCACGAAAAACACCGCUAAGCUCGACCGAGAGACUGAAGAAUUAAAACACAGUAAAAUUCCAUUAGAUGUGGGCAGAUUGAUUCAGCAAGGACGACAAGCAAAGGGCCUGAGUCAAAAAGAUCUGGCUACCAAAAUAUGUGAAAAACAACAGGUUGUGAACGACUAUGAAGCUGGACGAGGGAUUCCAAAUAAUUUGAUUCUCGGAAAAAUAGAGAGGGUGAUUGGAGUCAAAUUACGAGGAAAAGAUCGUGGCACCGCAGUAGCGCCUCCUGGUGCGAAAAAGUAAAAUAUCAGGAGGCAGAAAUUGUGAUUUAAUAAUUUAAAAAAAAAAAACAAAUUUUUGAUGAGUAGAUGUGUUCUUCCCAAGUUGAUGAUUUUGACUUUUGCGUUAAGUUCACUAAAUUUCCAACAAGAUGCAAGUUUAAAACUGAACCGACAACUUAAACGAUGUAGUAGUUUGUCAUCAAUCUAAUGAAAAUUGCAUUUGAUUUUUUCAUAUUGUUCAAUAAAUAUAUUUGUUUAUCAGAA